GAGACCGAACCCUGUGCUGACCAAAAAAUUGAUACUUAUAUGUAAACAUGAUACUUAUAACCCUCCUUAAUCUUAAGAAACUGCUUGAAAACCUUUCUUUUGAAGAAGGGGUUUAGCACUUCUUUUUGGACGAUUAGGGGCCAAUCUUUUCGGACAAAUAGAUACUUCCUGUUGUACUCCACAUGGCUUAUACUUUAGGUCCUAUGUUGUUUGAAACGAUUGUUUCUUGUUUAAGCAUGUUUGUGAUUCCUGCAGCGAACAGAAGUCGAAUAAUUGCUUUUAUUUUCAUUUACAAUCGCCAGAUUUUAUAUUGGAUUAAGAAAGCAAAAUGUUUAUAAGCAAACCAAUGCUAAGAACCUCAAACAAUAAGCAUAGUGCUAAGCAUAUUUCGAGCCCUAGAGAGAAUCUUAUCCUGAAAAUUGCCCGUGAUAUGAAAAAAACUUACUUAUACAGUUCGAUCUCAUAUAGACAGGGAAUUUUCGACAACAAUCGAGCAAAGUGCCUAACCUUAGUUUUUUUACUUGAUUGGGGUACCUGAAGCCUUGGUGAACAUUUUGAGCCUUGGAUACAUUUUUGUAAAACAAUAGAAAGCACGUGAUCGAUGACGUAAUUUUCUCCGGGCAUCAAAAUUUUUACUUAUUACUUCUGUAAAAUCUUUCGCACCAUCAUGUUUGGCAUUGUAUUAGGGGCAAAAAGUUCUAAAGAAUGAACUCUAUCAGACUUGCAGAUAACGAGAUAUUGGUAUUUAAAGUUUGCAUGACAUCAUCAAAAUGGCGGAUCUGCAGUUUUCAAGCACGUGAGAUUUAAAGGCUGAUGGUCGUAAUUUAGCUUGCUUGAAAUUGAAGUUUUCUUACACAUGUGUUAUUCAGCAACUCAAGAAUGUCAUUUGAGCUGAUAUGUUUCCACGCCUUGGAAAGUAAGUAUUGAGCACAAAUGCAAGCAAAAGGAAAACGUUCUAAAAACCAUUAAUCUUCAAAAGUCUGUACUGUUAAGGAGCUUCUGUUAUAUGUUUGGCAACGUUCUCCAACUUUCGCAAUUUUAAGAGCUUUUCUGAAAUAUGAUCAGGUAAGAAAUUAUGCCAGUGUUAGAUAAUAUACAAGUAUGUACGUGAAAGAUGUUUUCAUUUUAAUGUAUCUUGUGAAAGCAGCUGCUAGAGAGUGCAAUGUUAAGCAUCAUUUACAUGCCGAGCGUGAGUUGAUACCUCUUGCACUCAAUCAUCACAAUCACGGACGAUGUUGCAGUUGUGUGGUAAGGGAAGGGAUCACUUAAUCCAACUUUCAGAACACCUUUGAAAACUGAUGAAAAGUAAAAAUCUAGUCUCUCGCGACUGUACGAAAUUGUCCAUUUUGUCAAAAAUAUUGCUGUCAUCUUGAAUGUCAUCAACCUAAAGUUCUUUUUUAUCAAUCAGAUUCGUUGCAAGGUCUUCGUCGUUAUGAUCUAUUAAGCCCCCUUCUCUAUUAAGCCCCCUCUCUAUUAAGCCCCCCUUUCUUUUAAGUCCUCCCUUAUCAAGCAAAAACUCUAAAAAAGCCCCACCCUCUCUAUCAAGCCCCCCUCUUUAGCCUUUGAUGUCAAGCAUAGAAAAAAUGGGCAUUUAGUGGGUCUCUUGAUGGGUGUGAUGAUGAUAAGAUCGUGUGAAUUAAAUUGUAGCUAUGUGAAUAAUUUUUUAAAUUAGCUUCGAUAAUGCACAAUUCAAAUAAUAUAUAUUUUUAGGCCAUUUUACUCAACUCAACCUGGCCCUAUUCGAUGAGACACCGGAUAGGAUAAGAGUAAAAAUCUGAAUGACCUUAUGCUAUCACAUCCGCCAUAGCUUCAGUCUUUUCUCUUGAACUUCCCGCCAGGGCUUCAAGUAAUAAUGCGCAAAUGCAAAGACCCAGAAGCGUAUGCUAGUGCAUGGUCUGGAGGACGGGCAUGAUUCGUCUCCCGUAUAAUUUCGUGGAUUGAAAUGUUGAAUCGAUUAUAAAUUAAGAAUAGUAUUAAUCAUAAAAUGAGCCUGUAAUAAAAAAGGUUAAGGAUCAAGCGAAGCGAGCUGAAAAACUUUUGCGACCAUGCCCUUUAGAUGAGCUAAAAAUACACUUCAGAAUAUUUUGGCAAUCAAUUUCGUGUUGGGAAUCAAAGCUGCAAAGGAGUGUUUUACUUGAAUUUUUGAAAACUAGGGGUGGGACAUGAACCCACUUUGCCCCCUGGUUCUAGGUCUUUGAAUUGAGAUCGGGCCUUUAUCUUUCUUGGAUGCCAUUAGCAGUCCGGGAAUUACACAUGUACUUGUUUUCUUGGAAGUCAUUCAGUUUUCAGACUAAGUACCUUUACCAGUGCUUUUCCAAACGGUUCGAUGCUUUGUAAAGAUUUUGAUGCUGACGAUGUAUGCUGAAUGUAAAUUGCUAAAUCCAUCGGUUUCUGUCUUCUCAACGCCAUCAAGGUCAUGAAGAUAGAGAGAGAAGCAUGGCAACUUCUGCUUUUACCAAAUCUAAGGAAAAGAUUGGUCGAGGCUGUCCCAAGAAAAGUGUUGACAUGCUCAACCUUAAGAGGAGACCUCAGCAAGACAAACGGUUUUCAUGUCAAGGUAUUGUUUGCAAAUUUUCGCAAGAAAAACACUUUGGCUUUCUGAAGCAGAUCGAAAAUGGGCUUGAGAAAGAGAACAGUAGAGACAGCAAGCAAGAUAUAUUUUUCCAUUUUGAUCGCAUAUCAUCAGGUGGCCUGCUAUUAAAAAGGAAUGAUGAAAUUAUGUAUUCUUUGUGCAAGAAAAAUAGCGACAAAGGCCCAUCAGUUUUCCGAGGGGUUUUAUCUAAAGUCGCACGGAGAAGCCCUUCUGAAAUAGCUAAAUAUAUACAGAAGGUGAAAUCUGUUUUCUCUGACGAGGAAGCUCGAUCAAAUGCUGAAUCAAGACUGACGUUCUUGACCAGCCCAGCAGCCUGGGAAUGUGUGGCUGACGAAGCUGGCUUUGACAACGUCUUAGACUUGCUGCAGGUUGUUGUUUUAUUGGAUAAAAAAGCUCGGGACUUGGGUGCACAUUUGAAGAGAGUUAUCAAUUCCAUUGCUCAUUCAAGCCUUUUGAAUGGAGAAAACAGCCCUUUGAAACCCCUUUUGCUCAGCAGUGUCAGUGAGUGUGACCUUGAAACUUUGCAGAAUUUCUUUGUGAUUAUGAUAAAGUAUGUGCCAGAAAAAACAAGAGCCGUUGUCCAUUUAACUGAGCCAUUCUCUAAAAUGGCUCAAGGCUCAAGCAUCUUGUACAAGCUUCUGCAGACAAUCUCUGCACAGGUUGACGCCCCCAUAACUGAUAUGGAAUGGAAGGAUAUUCCACUUUUCCUAACUGACGAAGAACUUGCAGAGAAGAAAGGGAAUCAUUUCCUUCAGCUACAACCAAUGAUAUGCAAAGGCAAGUACAAUAGUGCUGAUGAGUACGUAGAAAUCCUAUUCAGGCUGUUAAGAGAAGACUGUUUUAAUUCUCUAAAAGAGGGAAUACAGAAAUUGCUCGACGGGUCUCUUGACAAAAGAGAUAUGGACGUUUAUCAUGGUGUGAGGGUAGUUGGUAUUAAUGCUAGCAGUCAUAGUGGAUUUUAUCUGGCUGUAAAACUGGGGAAAUUAAGCAAGAAAAUUGAAUGGAAGAAGUCAAAAAAGCUGAUGUAUGGCAAUCUUCUUUGUCUGUCCAUGAACAACCGUUUUGAUGACGUAGUAUGGACAACUGUUGCUUCCAGGGAGCUUCUAGAAUCGCAGCAAAUUGUUUCCGUUCAGCUUUGCAGUGAAUUGAAUUGUUUCACAGAUUCUGAAGGUGUCAAGAUUUUGUCUUUAUUUCAAGGAGAGGGUGUUGCUGUUGAGUCACCCACUUACUACAGGGCCUAUGCUCCAGUUCUGAAGGCCCUACAAAAGCUGGAAACGGACCAUAUUUCCUUCAAAGAUGAGCUUGUGUACUUAAAACAACAAGGAAAACCUGAUUUUCUUAAAGAUUCUGCAAAGUUUGACCCAUGUUUGGUAUUGUCUGAAAUAGGUUAUCAAGACGAGGGAUUGCCUUUAGCACACCUUACUACGGGUAUUCUUCGUGGCAAAACGAUUUUUGAUGACAGCCAAGAAAAGGCCAUUGCCGCGAGUCUGCGUCACAGGAUAGGUAUUAUUCAGGGACCACCUGGAACAGGAAAAACCUUUAUUGGCGUCAAAUUGACUUUGUUGCUUUUGUCUCUAUCUUCAAAGCCUCGUGGCCCAAUUUUGAUGCUAACAUACAAAAAUCAUGCUUUAGAUGAAUUUUUAAAAGCAUUGAUUAAAGAAGGAUGCAAGAACGUCGUGAGAGUAGGGGGUGGAACAAAAGACCCUGAGCUCCAUGACUAUAAUUUGGCUUCAUUAGAAAAGGAAGAGCUGAAAAAUGGUGCAGUAAGUGGGCAAAUGAUGCAGCUGGGAGACGAACUGCUUGAUGCUGAAAAGGAGCUAAGGCGUGCUUUCUUAAAGCUGAAAGAAGCAAAGAAAUUUACCGUCGAUUCUUUUUUAUCCUUUGUAAAUGGAGAACAGUUGAAGAGAUUUUUGCUCAAUUACCCUCGUGCAACUGCUGGUGAGAUUUUUGUGCAGCUUCCCGGUGAAGUGAAAGGUUUAACAGGCACACAGCUCAAAUCUGCAGUGGAGUCAAGCGAAGAUUUCAAGAAAGUUGUUAGAAAGGCUUUAGAUGUAUGGACCCCACCACAAGAGAGAGUGCUUCAGUUUGCAAGAAGCGUAGAGACUGUUUUGAACUGGAUGUCGCAUGACUCUGCUCUAGAUACUGUUGAAGAUUCUGGAGAUGAUUCUGGAGAUGAUUCUGAAGAUCUGAAUGAAAGUGGAGAUGAAGAGGAUGUCACAUGUCUGCUUUCCGAACGACAAAUGGACGACGGAGAUGUAGCUCAAAAAAGUCAGUAUUCGUAUUUUGAUACAGGUACAAAGGCUAUCCAGCUAUUUGAUGGUGCGACAGAGAUACUAAAAAGCAUACCAGAAGAGCUUUCUAACAAGAUUGCUGAUAUGUGGAAAGUGAAGGAAGCAGACAGAAUUAAACUCAUUCAAAUUAUGAUUGCAAGAAAUUUUGAAAAAUGUGGCAAAGAAUUCAACGAAAAGCUGUUAGCUUAUGAACAGAAAUGCAAAGAAUAUAAUGAACUGAAGAGCCAAUAUAGAGCUAUGAUUUUGGAGAAGAAAUCGGUCGUUGCUAUGACAAUAACUGGUGCCAGUAUCAAUUCAACCCUUCUUGAGCAAUUGAAGCCAAGCAUAGUAAUUGUUGAAGAAGCUGCAGAACUAUUAGAGGCACAGCUCAUUGCCGCACUUGGUAGCUGGACAGAGCAACUCAUUUUGAUUGGCGAUCAUAAGCAACUUCGACCGUCUGUUGAGACAUAUUCUUUGGAAAAAGACUAUAACAUGGGAAUCUCUUUAAUGGAAAGACUGAUAAUGAAUGAAUUCAGUUAUGCAACACUCUUAAAGCAGAAUCGGAUGCGACCAGAAUUUGCCGAAAUGCUCAAGGAUAUCUACCCUAACCUUGAAAGCAAUAUAGAUAGAGUUGGAAAGAACGAGCCAACGAAAUGUCUUGCAAGCUCCAUGUUUUUUUGGCACCACACGGACAAAGAAACUGACGCAAGAAGCUACUUCAAUGAAAAAGAGGCUGACAGAGCAGUCAAACUUGCGAUGUUUCUAGUACAGCAAGGUGUUUUACCGUCACGAAUCACAAUAUUGUCGGCAUAUCAAGGGCAAACCAGUGUGAUACGAAAGAAGUUGCAAGAACUACGCUCUAAACUGGACCUAGACAGAAAUAAAGCCAUUAUUGCCCAUACUAUUGAUAACUAUCAAGGAGAUGAAAAUGACUUUGUCAUUGUCUCGCUCGUUCGCUCAAAUGAUAAAGCGAGGAUUGGUUUCCUAGGAUUAAUCAACAGGAGAUGCGUUGCCCAAUCAAGAUCUCGCUGUGGUUUGUACUUCAUUGGCAAUUACAAAAUGUUUGUGAAGUCAUCCAGCUGGUCCUUUUUAUUGAAAAAAAUGCAAGAAAACGAACAAAUUGGUUUAGCAGUGACUUUGGUGUGUCCCAAACACUCUCUAUCAACAAAGAAAGCAUUCACUGCAGAUGAUAUAGAUCUUGGCACAUUCUGCUCCUAUCCAUGCCACUCACCACUUGCCUGUGGACAUCUGUGCACCAAAUGUUGUCAGCCUCCUCACCAGCAUGAUACUUGCUUAAAAAACUGUCCACUAACCUGUGAGCGCUGUAAUAAAAUUUGCAAGCAGCACUGUCGACCGCUACAUCACCAUGUCAGUUGUGACAGUUUGAUUUUGAAGACUCUGCUUUGUGGACAUGAGGCGACCAUGGCUUGCUCCGAUGAUGCGUCGAUUGCUUCUUGCACAAUAGAAGUGAAAUUCAUCAUGCGCCCUUGCAACCACAGUCAAGUGAGGAAGUGUUUUGAGAAGGAGGAGAAUAUUAAAUGUAGCUUUGCUUGCCCAAAACAAAGGGAAUGUGGUCAUCAAUGUAAGAAAAAGUGUGGUGAGGAUUGCAGUCAAGGCGAAUGCUUUCAAUGCAAACAGAUACAGCUGACUAAAGCAAAGGUGGAAGAGGAGCGUCAACAGGCUGUUAGAAAGGAAUUGAUUGACGAGGAGAAGAAAAUAAUAGAUGACCUUUUGAAAAAUUGGCAAAAGGAGCCUAAUCGGACGGAAAUAGUACCGUCAGGCGAGACUGCUGCUGAAUACUUUAUGGUAGAAGACAAAGUAAAAAAGUACAUUCAGCCAGGUCAUUCUUGGUUUCCAGUCGUAAAGAAAAUAGAGAAAGUCAGCAAUUACGAGCUCGAGAAACGAUGGCGCAAAGCAAAGUGUGACAUGCAUGACUUCGAGUUUAAAACAGACCUAAAAUUCCACGGUACAGAUGAAAAAGCAAUAGAGGGAAUAAUAAAUCAAGGCUUUCGUCUGCCUCAAAAAUGUGGAAUGUAUGGUAAAGGUAUUUACUUUGCAACAGAUUCCUCAAAGAGUGCGCAAAAGGUCUACACGAAGGGAUCAAACAUGCUUCUGCUAUGUGAUGUUUUGAUCGGAAGAACACUAACUGUUGAGACGGCAAGCAGAGGCAUGACGCUAAAACAGCUGAAUCAACAGAAGUUCGACUCAUUAUUUGCCAAGCGGGAUACCAGAAAACAGGGGGGCGUUCUUUACGACGAAUUUGUAGUUUACAAAGCGGAGCAGGCUUUGCCAAAGUACGUUAUACAUUACGAACAGGAGUCUUUGAUGAAGCAGAUCAGUCUUCCUACAGCAGCAAGUGGUCAGACAUUGAUGAAACACCGUUUGAAUAUUUCGCGAUCUGUUGACACAACUGACCCGCUUGAAAUUCAUUAUCGCAUUGCAGAGUCGCAGUUCUUCAGAUUACUGCAAAGAUCAGGAUUGAGAAGAAGAAUCUCUUCCAUAGACUUCUUCACAAAUCCAAAACUCGAUGACAAGUUUAAAGCCAAACAAAAAGCGCUCAAGAGUAAAAAUGAUCCGAGUGAUUACAUCUUUGCAUUUCAUGGCACCAAAGAAGAAAAUGUUGAAAAGAUUAUGAAAGACAACUUUCGAAUGGACUUAAUUGCAAAGAAUACGGGAAACCCUGGGCAGUAUGGUAUCGGUAUAUACUUUUCAGAAGAACCAGAUGUAUGUUUUCAUUAUGAUGAAGCGCUGCUACUGUGCAAAGUUCUUCCUGGAAAGUGUUAUGAUGUAGCCACAGAAGAUGUAAAAGGAAAACCGUUGAAGAAGGACUUUGAUUCGCAUGGAGCCCUUAAAUGCCAGGACGGCUAUUAUAAGAUCGUGGUAGUUGCUAAUGAAGACCAAAUUUUGCCUUGCUAUUACAUAAACAGUACAAAGGAAAAAUGAGAAAUCUGAUUCAACACAACUAGAGAAACUAGAAACACUGUUAUUCAAACCAAUGAUAUAAAUUGAACCUUGUCUUCAGUUUUUGACUUAAAAUAUGCAGAGAGUAAUAAGUUUCAGCUUUGUCUAGAAUAGCUAUUUUUAGCUUUAUCUGAAAACUUACAUAUUUCUUAAUUUUUGUGGAAUUGUACUUCUGAGCUUUGUAGAAUUGUACAUCUUUAAUUUGGUCAGCUUUGAUACUUUUCAAAGUUGGAGUUAAAUUCAUCCAACAAUUUCUUCGUAGGUUGUUCGACUUAAAAGCAGGGCGAAACAGCUCUUUAUCAAUUUCAUCGUUGUUUAAGUUAAAGUUUGGUUAAAGUACGAUUUUUUAGAUAUUAAUGUUAACAUUUUAGUGAAAGGCUUUUGAAUUGUUGCUGUGAUAAUUGUUUGGAUUAUAGUUGCGUGUUUAUUGUUAUUUUUUGGUAGGUUAUGCUUAACAGCUCACAAGAUGCAGUUGUUACUGUAAUUCAAUAUUAGAUGAUGGAUUGCAAACAAUUGUAACUGACUAUCCAAAAUCCACCCAUAUCAUUCUAAAAUUCACUCCUAAGAUUUAUCCAAUGACGCAUAUUAAAACGUUGUUUGAUAAAAAAUCAGAAGCUAAAACAAUUGCAGCUGAUGAUAGAAUUAUCCCCAAAUAUGGACGUUAAAGGAAAUAGAAAGGCUGUCUCUCAGCUUUUGAUGCAAGUGCCCACCAUCAUUAUUUGUUUUUUAUUUUUUUAGAUCAUAACGACCUCAUAUAUCAGGCUUCUUUAGAUAGGUUCUACAUAAUGUUAACCUGUUCAGAA